UAUUAAUUCAUUAUGGCUAUAUUAUCACAAGGUGUGGGCUAUGGCGUCGUCUUAGGAUUUGGUGCACUAUUUGCUCUUAUUAUGACAGGAAUAACCUAUCUGUGUAAACGAUAUCUGAAAGAAGUUCAAACGUCAGAAAUGUACAUGACAGCACAGCGUACUGUCAAGACAGGUUUGGUUGCGAGUGCUAUUGUAUCAAGCUGGACUUGGGCAGCAACUCUUUUGACAAGUACAGAAGUUGCUUAUAAAUAUGGUGUAUCAGGACCUAUCUGGUAUGCCUCUGGUGCUGUUGUUCAAGUGUUGCUAUUUGCUGUAUUAGCCAUUGAAUUGAAAAGACGAGCUCCCAAUGCACAUACUUUUCUUGAAGUUGUCUUGGCUCGAUAUGGAAAAGGCGCCCAUGCUGUAUAUCUUGCAUUCUCCUUGUUAACAAACAUCAUCGUUACUGCUAUGCUUCUUUUGGGCGGUAGUGCAGUAGUGAAUUACUUGACUGGCAUGCAUACAAUUGCUGCUUGCUUCCUUCUUCCUUUGGGUGUCAUUGUCUAUACACUCUUUGGUGGUAUCAAAGCAACCUUCAUGUCUGAUUAUGCACAUACAGUGGUUAUUUUUAUCAUCAUCAUCUCUUUUGUGUUUACAGUCUAUGCUUCUUCUCCAAAAAUUGGAUCCAUCAGCACGAUGUACGACUUGCUUACAGCUGCAUCUGCAGCUUCUCCCAUCGCUGACAACCAAGGUGGUUCACUCGUAACUAUGUCUUCCUUACAAGCACUCUUGUUUGGUAUCAUCAAUAUUGUUGGUAACUUUGGAACGGUCUUUGUAGAUAACGCAUAUUGGCAACGUGCUAUUGCAGCUCACCCACAGUAUGCCGUCAAAGCCUACCUGAUCGGCGGUCUUUCCUGGUUUGCAAUUCCAUUCACACUAGCCACAACAAUGGGUCUUGCUGGACGAGCACUUCAAAUUGAUCUUACACCGUUUGCUGUCAGUCAAGGUCUUGUCUUACCUGAUGUUGCGGUUGCACUCUUGGGUCAAGCCGGUGGUUUCGCCUGUCUUGUUCUCGUCUUCAUGGCUGUGACUAGUGCUUCAUCUGCUGAAUUGAUUGCUGUUUCUUCUGUUAUGACGUAUGAUAUCUAUCGCACUUACAUUAGACCCGAUGCCGAGGGUAAACAAGUAGUUCAUUUUUCGCAUAUCUGUGUUAUUGCGUUUGGCAUUCUCAUGGGUGUCCUCGCUGUCUUGCUCAACUUGACAGGCAUCAACUUGGGAUACCUUUAUACUCUGAUGGGUGUAUUAAUUUCUUCGGCUGUUGUGCCCCUGACCCUUACCUUGUUGUGGAGCAAACAAAACAAGAUUGCUGCUAUUGUAUCACCACUAUUUGGCUUUUGUGCCGCAGUCAGCACUUGGCUCGCGGUGACUUAUAGCAUGUACGGCACCAUCACUGUGGAGACCACAGCUCAGAAUUACCCAAUGAUGUCUGGCAAUAUUGUUGCCUUAGUAUCUCCUAUCUUUGUCAUUCUUCCUCUUAGCUUGAUCUGGCCAGACAAUUUUGACUUUGAUGCUACUCGAAAGAUUGAAAAGAUAGAUGACUCUAAUGAUAUUGACCAUGAAGCAUCCGAGAUAACCCAAGAUGAAUUGGUAUCCAUGGCCAAGUCCUCCAGAUUUGCGAAGAUAUCAAGUGCGGUCUUAUCAUUAGCUCUCUUUAUCCUUUGGCCACUACCCAUGUUCUUUUCGAGGUACAUCUUUUCCAAGUCCUUCUUUACUGGAUGGGUGGUUGUAUCCAUCAUCUGGAUGUUUUGUAGCUUCUUUGCUGUCGGUAUCUAUCCUGUCUAUGAGGCGCGACAUACACUUGUCAAUGUGACUCGGGAGUUAUGGCGAGAUCUGACAGGGCAGCGUGUACCCAACUUACCACAAGCAACACAUUUAUCUGAAGAGAAUAUAGUUGUUUAUACAAAUGAAAAGAAAGUUUAAUAAAUUAUUGGCUCAUUUGAUGUUACCCCGAUUGAUGAA